AUGGCGUUCGAGGCAAAUCACUUGUGGCUCUGGCUGGGCCUCGCGGCCAUGGGAGGCGUGAUAUACAGUCAUCGUGGACGACGAAACGAGGAGCACCGCACAAAAGAGCCGGUUCAGUCUGACAGUCACCAGGUCGCCGGCAUCGUCGUCUACCGCCUCUUCUUCCACCCGCUGGCCAAGUACCCGGGUCCGCUGGUCGCCAAAAUCACCGACGGCUACCAGCUCUACCACGCCUGGAACGGCGACCGCCAUCUGGACUUUUACAAGCUUCACAACAAAUACGGCAAGAUCGUCCGCUUCGGCCCCAACUCGCUCUCCUUCAACUCGGCCGCCUCCCUCAAGGACAUCUACGGCUUCCGCACCAACGUCCGCAAGGCCGAGUUCUACAACGCCUUUGUCCACCCGGCCCCCAACACCCACAACGCCCGCGACAAGGACGUCCACGCCCGCAAGCGCCGCGUCCUCGCCCACGGCUUCUCCGACAGCGCCAUGAAGGAGAUGGAGCGCUACAUCCUCGCCAACGUGCGCUGCUUCACCGCCGAGUUGGGCCGCGGCGACGCCGCCGCCGACUCCAAGGGCUGGUCCGCCCCCAAGAACAUGACCGACUGGUGCAACUACCUCGCCAUGGACAUCCUCGGCGACCUCUCCUUUGGCAAGGCCUUCCACAUGCUCGAGGCCCCCGAUAACCGAUUCGCCCUCGACCUGAUCGCCGCCGCCACCAAGAGGCAUCUCCUGUGCGGCACCAUGCCCAUUGUCGACAAGCUCAAGCUCGACAGGCUCCUGUUCCCGACCAUCGCGGCAGGCCGUGCGCGGUACAUGGCCUACAGCAAGGCCCAGCUGACGGAGCGCACCAAGCUGGGCGAGGAUACGGACCGCCGCGACUUCUUCUACUACCUCCUCAAGGCCCGCGACCCGGAGACGGGGCUGGGCUUCUCCGUCCCCGAGCUCUGGGGCGAGUCGAACCUGCUCAUCAUCGCCGGCGCCGACACGACGUCGACCGCCAUGGCGGCCACCUUCUUCUACCUUGUCCGCAACCCCGAGGCGCUUGCCAAGGCGACGGCCGAGGUCCGCGGCAAGUUCUCCGACGUCGAGGACAUCCGCCAGGGCGCGGCGCUCAACACGUGCACCUACCUCCGCGCCUGCAUCGACGAGGCCAUGCGGCUGUCGCCCUCGGUCGGCGGCCUCCUCCCGCGCGAGGUGCUGGCGGGCGGCGCGACCGUCGACGGCGCCCGCGUGCCUGCCGGCACCGUCGUCGGCACGCCGCACUACGCGAUCCACCACAACGAGGACUACUUCCCGAACGCGUACGCGUACGUCCCGGAGCGGUGGAUCGUCGGCGCGCGCAACCCCGCGGCCACGGCGGCGACGACGACGGAGGAGGACGUGGCGCGGGCGCAGAACGCCUUCUGCCCCUUCAGCAUGUCGACGACGAUCGCGCGGACGCUGUUCCUGUACGACGCGCGCAGGGCCGUCGGCGUCGUUGACCCGGCCGAGGGGCGGCCGGAGCUGCCCGAGGGGCGGAGGCGGGCGUCGGAGAUGCAGCUGUUUGACACGUUUACGAGCAUGAAGGACGGGCCGAUGGUCGAGUUCCGGGCGAGGGCGUGA